AUGGUCUGUGGUUCUUUGGUUGCCAGCCCCAGUCAAACCCAAGCCCAAGGAGCCCUGUCAAAGGAGCCAUCAAAGCCAGCCGCCAACCCCAAAGAAACACAGCAACUGAAGCGCAAGGCCAAAAACAAUCAAGAUGAACCUGCCACAAAGAGGCAGCAGUCAAGCCACGUUGUGGAGCUGGCCGUGGACAAGGAGGCCAAGGAGCAGGGGCCAUCAAAGCAAAAGAUUUGUCCAAGAAUGGAGGAGAGCCUAGUCGUCAAAGUGACAAAAAUGACGAUACGCACUCGCCAUGAUGGACUUCGCACCCGCAAGUGA